AUGAAAACAUUAAGAACUGCGUUUCUAAAAGAUGGAACAAUAACAGCAGCAAAUGCAUCAAAAAUUAAUGAUGGUGCAGCUGCUUGUCUUUUAAUGACAACACGUCAAGCUGCUGAUGAACUUGGUUGUAAACCAUUAGCACGAAUCAUUGCUUUUGCGGAUGCUGCAACUGCUCCCGUUGAUUUCAGUAUAGCACCUGCUUUAGCUAUUUCAAAGCUUUUGAAACUUGCAAAAGUUGAUAAAAAUGAUAUUGCUUUAUGGAAAUUUAAUGAAGCAUUUAGUGCUGUUGCAUUAGCUAAUGCAAAAUUACUUGGUCUUAGUCUUGAUAAAAUGAAUGUACAUGGUGGUGCUGUUGCACUUGGACAUCCAAUUGGAAUGUCUGGUGCAAGAAUUGUCGUACAUUUAUGUCAUAGUCUAAAAACAGGUGAAAAAGGUGUUGCUGCUAUAUGUAAUGGUGGUGGUGGAGCAUCAAGUAUUUUGAUUGAAAAGCUUUAA